AUGGUAGUCCCUGAUGACUACAAUGACUUGGCUCCCGUCAUUAGCAAGAGCAAGGCUCUCUCACUACCUCCGCAUCGUCCUUAUGACUGCGCAAUAGAUUUGUUGCCCGUAGACCCACUGCCCAACAAUCGGCUUUAUAACAUCUCCAGACCUGAAUUUACAUUCCUGGGUUAUGUGCUAGAGGGCGGGGAGGUAAGAUCUUCGGAGGACAAGAUCAAGGCAGUAAUCGAGUGGCCCAGACCAGACACCCGCAAGCAACUCCAGCGCUUUCUUGGGUUCGCUAAUUUCUACCGUAGGUUCAUCCGCAACUACAGCCAGACGGCUGCGCCACUAACAUCACUCAGCUCCACUAAAUUGACUCCUCCUGAACAUAACUAUGAUGUAGGAGACCGAGAGUUGUUAGCCAUUAAGCUGGCUCUCGAGGCAUGGCGACACUGGCUAGAGGGGGCGGAGCACCCYGUCCUAGUUACACGCCCCGACGACGCUGAGGACAGUCUGGCUCCCCUUCUUCCUCCCAGCUGCACAGUUGGAGGAGUUACUUGGGAGAUUGAAGAUUUGAUCCGUCAGUCACAACAGUCCGACCCUUCCUCCAAGUCAAUACCCACCAGCCUCCUGCGGGGUUCCUCCAACCACUGCCUACACCCCAGCGCCUAUGGUCCCACGUCGCCAUUGAUUUUGUUACGGGCCUACCCAAUAGCAAAGGAGAUUCUGUCAGACAGAGGACCCCAGUUCAUCUCCCAYGUUUGGAGAGAGUUUUGUGCGGCUUUUGAAGGCAAGGUAGCUCUCACGUCAGGCUAUCACCCCCAAACUAACGGACAAACUGAAUGUAUGAAUCAGGAGCUGGAAGCAACUCUCCGAUGUUUCACUUCUUCCAAUCCUGUUGACUGGGCCCAAUUUUUGCCCUGGGUUGAAUACGCCCAUAAUUCUCACGUGUCUGCUGCAACAGGUUUUUCUCCCUUUGAAGUCACUCUAGGAUACCAACCGCCGCUCCUCCCUUCUAAUGAGAGGGACAUUUCGGUGACCUCUGUACAACACCAGAUCCGUCGUUCUCGGAAGAUUUGGAGAGAGACCAUCGCAGCCCUCCAUAAAACGGCGGCCCAAAUYAAACGUUUUGCCGAUGGUAGACGCACUGCUGCACCUGCAUACACUUUUGGGCAAAAGGUAUGGCUUUCCACCUGUGAUUUUCCACUUAAGGCCAUGGCUAAGAAGUUAGCACCUAAGUUCAUUGGACCUUUUGAGAUCCUGGCCAUAAUCAACCCGGCAGCAGUGCGUCUCCGUCUCCCCUCAUCUCUUUGUGUACACUCCACCUUCCAUGUUUCACAGCUUAAACCUGUCCUCACCAGUGAGUUGUGCCCUCUGGCCGAACACCCUCCUUUUGCCCAUGUCAUCAAUGGUCAUCCGGCCUACUCCGUCCGCCGGAUUGUGGCCUCCCGUCGGCGGGGUCGGGGCUACCAGUACCUCGUCGACUGGGAGGGCUACGGUCCGGAGGAGCGUUCCUGGGUCCCACGCUCCUUUAUUUUAGAUCCCACUAUGAUUAGAGAUUUUGUCUCGUCCCAGGCCCCGUCUUCUUGGUCGCCAGGUGGCGACCGUUGAGGKGGGGGUACUGUUGAGAUCUGAGUUCUUUGUUUUAGUUUUGGGUGUUGUUUUCCGUUGCCUGCUGCUUCCUCGACCAUCCACCAGAGGCCCUCGACGAGCUGAGCCCCUGGAAGGUGCGGUAGCAGACCCUGUUGCUGCACCUGUGGCUAAUCAGAAGAGGGCUGUAGUGGAGUAUUUAGGCGGUGGCUGGCAAACACUCCGGUGCCUGAGUGUUAACCUUGAAUGGUAAACAAUCUCUGAGCUAGGCCCUCUUGAGUUUAUUCUUCUGAAGUAAUCWUCCAUUGUGUUCUCCUCUCGUCAGGUCGAGUCUGUAGAACACCGAUCCGCAGAACAAUCUUCGAUCCGACUAACCUCCCGAGGACCCUUUCCCCCUCUGACGCCUCAGGUCUUACCUGCUGGAAGCCCGUACCCUUGUCCCUGGAUUAUCCGAGCUCUCCGUUUGCCAGCCGUCCACUACAGCCUAUCUUACCUGUCCGUCCUCCCACGCGCACCGCUCGCCGGAUUAGCGAGCUCUGUACCUCCGACCUCCAGCAGAUCAGGCAACAUCCUCACCCGGCUCAUUAGCUACUCCUUUCCCAAUUGACGACCCGGCAGCCCCCACCCCGUGAUCCAGAACUCCCCCUCCGCUU